AUGAAGGGUCUCUGUGAGGAAGUUAAGAAGAAUGAAGAUCAAGAGGGAGAAACUGCAGCCACUGGGCCUCAGGCAGAGACCCUGGAGGCCAAGAAGCCCUGGACUGCAGAUUCACACUCUGCUCUGGAAACAGAAGGCACUCAUGGACUUGGAGAACCAGGCAUGGCUACCCUCUAUCUGGAGUCUUGCCAGGCCAACAGUGUUGUGCCUGUUUCUCGUCUUCUGCGCCAAGGGAGUGCCUCCAAAUUGAACCUUCGGCACCGUGGCCUGGGGCCCCAGGGGGCCCGGGCUUUGGCUUCCGUGUUGACCUCUAAUCUGUACAUCAAGCGUCUGGAUCUUCGGGACAAUGGGCUCUGUGCUGCUGGAGCAGAGGCUUUGGCUGAUGUCCUGCGUAAGAACAGCAUUAUCUCUGAUGUGGACCUGUCAGAGAAUCAGUUUGGAGCUGCAGGGCUCCAAGCGAUCUGCACUGCCCUUGCCUUAAACCCAACUGUUCAGAAGAUCCAGCUGCAAGGGAACAGGCUGGAGGAACAGGCAGCCCAGCACCUCGCUGCUCUUCUGCUGUGUCACACGGGACUGAAAUCUCUAGACCUCAGCUAUAAUCAGCUCAAUGACCUGGCAGGAGAGACACUUGGACCUGCCGUGGCAGAAAACACAGGACUCACAGAGCUUAACCUGAGUUGGAAUCACCUUCGAGGCCUGGGAGCCAUUGCGUUUGCCAGAGGCCUGGAGGCAAAUAUAUUCUUGAAGGUCCUAGACAUCUCUCAUAACGGCUUUGGAGACUCUGGUGCCUGUGCGAUAGGUGAGGCCCUCAAGGCCAACAAUGUGUUAGAAGAACUAAAUAUGAGAAACAACCGAAUCUCCAUGUCAGGAGCCCUGAAGUUGGGGUUGGGUCUGCAAGUCAACCAGACGCUGCGGAUUCUUAUUAUUUCCAAGAAUCCUAUUCGCUGUGACGGCUGUGUCGGCAUCCUUAAGUCUGUCCGGAACAACAGAUGGUCUGCCCUACAACUACUGGAUGUGUCUGACAUCCAAGUAAGCAGAGAGUGUGAUGACCUCGCCAACUCCAUGAAAGAAAUUCUUCCAGGACUCUGUAUAAAGCGUUAA